CUUAAAAUUCCUCAGUGUUAUCAUUUCAGAGAAUCUCUCCUAGGUCCAGCACAUGUGCCAUUACAAAGGCAUCACAGUAGUGCCACUACCUACUGAGAAGUCUGUGAAGAUUCGGCAUGUCAUCUGAAAAUGUGACAAGCUUCUAUAGAUGUGUAGUGGAGAUGUGACGACAAACCAAGUUAUCAGACGAUUGAUGCUACUGAGAGAGAUAAGGGAGACAAUGAAGAAACACUCAAGAUGUUAAUGAGAGAGGAGAGAGAGAUUAACAAAAAGAGACACAAUUCAGAAUAUUGACAGACCGGUUGCUUUGAACCUGAACUGUUUGAAAUUUGAUGGACAGGCGAUACCCCAGCAGGGGGAUAAAAAGAACAGGUUCACUAAGGCCCGAGAGACACCACAAGAUAACGAGAUCCUGGAAGAGCGGUGUGCCCCCACAUGUUGGUGGAAGUUUGGAGGUCCGGUUCGCGGGAACCGACCAUAGACGCACAGGGUGCAAAGGUACGAUCGGUGGGAACCUGGUGUGUGUGUUCACCCUUGCCUGGGUGCCGGGUUCACCGCGGAAGAACGGUCAUAUCCGGAACGGAGGGGUCACAGUCGGUGACCACAGCGGGAUAGAAGACAUAAUACGGUCCGCCCGAAAGCAGAUAGAAGACAUAAAAGGGUCCGCCCGAAAGCCAACUGCAAAGAACAUCAAAGGUGGCCGGGGUCCUGUCGGAGUCAGUGAUCUACAGCUGCACUCAAACUGCAGUUCUUCACAGCAGUGGGAUCCUGUUCUCAGAUCUCGCCGAGCAGUCCAGCAUUUUCGAUAUCUCCAGGAGGGGCCUGGAAGACGUGAACCUUUGGGGUGCAGCCCUUUGGCCCUUCAGACGACCCGACUACUCGACCCACACAUCGCAGGAGACUGGAACAUCGAGACAGCUCUGAGGGCUGCCGUUGAAAAAUGCAACAGUGCAAACCGUGCCGUGCCUUCAGCAGGAAUAGAAGCAUUUGCUUUCUACUAA